GAGAGAGAAACGCCGCGCAUCUUCUCAGGUUGCGGGGCGCGCGCACCCCCCGCGGCUCGUCUUUCAGCGAACGACCCGACGUGCACUGCGCUCCCUCUCCGCCUCCCCCGUUCACUGCGCGUUCCCGCACCGCGUCUUUCCACCUCAUUUCGCAGCGCUCACUGGCUCCCGCGCGCGCCUCUUCUCACUCGUCCGUCCGUCCGUCGUCGGGGCGUCGCGCGCUCCAGGCAGCUGGCGCCAAGGCUUUCGGGGGGCACAUGGCGCGCGGCCGCCCGGCCAGGUCCGCGCUGUCGUCGGGUUGCCGCUGAGGGGGACAGGCAGCGGGCAGCUGCGAGCGAGCGACUCUCCCUUCCGAAGAGCCCCUCGCCUCCCGCGUCCCGAUCGCCGCCGUGACCGCCGCUCGCUCCGAAACCCAAAUGAUCAUCAUGUCCUCGCCCGCGUCUCCGCGGUGAAGCGCGUCCCGGAUCGGAUGGGAGCGCGGCCUUCAUCAUCAUGCUGUCCAGGAAGGGACUCAUCCCGGAGGACUACGUGCUGACGCGGCUGGCCGAGGAUGUGCUGCUGCAGCCCAAGCUCCGCGCGAAGCAGCGCAAGGCGCGCUUCGUGGCCAAGAACGGCGCGUGCAACGUGGCGCACACCAACAUCCGCGAGCAGGGCCGCUUCCUGCAGGACGUGUUCACGACGCUCGUGGACCUGCGCUGGCUGCACACGCUCGUCAUCUUCACCAUGUCCUUCCUGUGCAGCUGGCUCCUCUUCGGCAUGGUGUGGUGGCUCGUGGCGUUCGCGCACGGGGACCUGGACCAGCAGCGCGGCGAGCUCGGCGAGCGCUUCGUGCCGUGCGUCACCGACAUCCACUCCUUCGCGUCGGCCUUCCUCUUCUCCAUCGAGGUGCAGGUGACCAUCGGCUUCGGCGGCAGGAUGAUCACGGAGGAGUGCGCGUCCGCCAUCGUCAUCCUCAUCGCGCAGAACAUCGUGGGCCUCGUCAUCAACGCCAUCAUGCUCGGCUGCAUCUUCAUGAAGACGGCGCAGGCGCGCCGCCGCGCCGAGACGCUCAUCUUCAGCAAGCACGCGGUGGUGGCGCUGCGCAACGACAAGCUCUGCUUCAUGGUGCGCAUCGGCGACCUGCGCAAGAGCAUGAUCAUCAGCGCCACGGUGAGGAUGCAGGUGGUGCGGCGCAGCACGACGCGCGAGGGCGAGCUGGUCCCGCUCGACCAGAUCGACAUCCACAUGGACAACCCGGUGGGCACGAACGGCGUCUUCCUCGUGUCGCCGCUCAUCGUGAGCCACGUGAUCGACCGCAACAGCCCGCUCUACGAGCUGUCGGCCGCCGAGCUGCCGCACGAGGACCUCGAGGUGCUCGUGGUGCUCGAGGGCGUCGUGGAGACCACGGGCAUCACGACGCAGGCGCGCACCUCCUACCUGCCCGAGGAGAUCCUGUGGGGGCAGCGCUUCGUGCCCACCGUGUCCGAGGAGGACGGCAUGUACGCCGUGGACUACUCCAAGUUCGGCAACACGGUCAAGGUGCCCACGCCCACGUGCAGCGCGCGGCAGCUCGAGGAGCAGGGGGGCGUGGCCCGGUACCGGCUCGCGGACCCCCCGCGCAGGGGCCAGGUGAGGAGGAGACAGCAGUCGGUGCGCCUCAAGACCCCCAGCAGCCCGCGCUAGCCGAGGACCGGGGCUGCUUUCAAAACAUUUCAGCUGCGGUAGCAGCGCGCGCGCCUUUUAUUUAUGCGAGUGUUGUGAUUGAUUGCAAGCGAAGUUCUGCUGUCGAAUCGAAUGUAUAAAAAAGUCACUGUCUAAGAUCACCCUCCCCUCCCCCGCUAUGUCUCAGACUGGUUUGCGGUAUUAUUUGUAGCGCUAGAGCCCGUUAAUUCGCCGCCUGAAUGCGGCUCGAAACAACUGAGCGCGUGGCUGCGCGCGCCAGGCAUGCCGUGUGUUGUGUCGCAUGGAACGUGCACGCGUCUUUCUUCUUGUGUGGUCGGGGAUCCGGGUAGCGUGUUUUAGCUUGAAGCAGUUUGGAGAGCAGGGUAAAACGGUGUGAAAUCGGUCGGGCCGCGUGGUGCCUUGGAAGGUCACGUGACAGUCGGGUAAGCAAGUCAGCAAUAAAGUGCAGAUGAAUUUGAGUGCGCGCUCAUAAAGUGCCUCCAGCUGAAGUACAGCGAAUGCCACGUGUGUGACAAUAUACUUAGUCUGUAAUGUAAUAUUCACUAAUAUUUAGUUUCAAAGGGUCCAAAAUCAAAACCCCAAAAGUGUGUUCUGUCUUUGCUGCGGUGGAAUGACCUCCCUCUGUCCCUCAGAGCUGCUGAAUCCCUCUCAAAGCUCAAAAAGGGUCUCAAACAUCUGUCACGCGUUAGCUGCCCAAUGGCUCCUAGUGCUCUCCAGCUCUGCAGGGGGUCCACACUCAUGAGCAGGUUUCCACUACAAGAUAGGUUUUAUGCCCAGUUAUGGGGCACACAGAAUAUUGGUGUGUGUUAGACACGUUGCCCCCUAAAAACAGAUAGGUUCAACCCUACUGACUGAAUUCGAAGAAGGUCCGGGUUGGCAGUAAGAGGCAUUGUGGGGAAGGGGGGGAUAUUGAUACUGUGAGAUACUUGUGGGUUUUGGUGUCACUGCUGGGCAGCUGUCAACAGUCACACAGCAGGUGUGUGAAGCGCGACCCACCAUCAGCAAUUUCCACUAAAGACACUCGAGUUAUGUCCCCUACUUCACGGAGACCCACUGUGCACCGUUUUUACCGUACAAAUUUAAUAGAAAAUUUAAUAUAUUAAAAUAAUAAAACUAAA